AUGACUCUCUCUGACACUCUCCAAGGCAGCGGGCGACUCGAUAUAAACCUUGAAGAAGAUGAGCCGGAAGUCGCGGGAUUCCUGGAGUGUCUGGCAAGCCAGAAGCCCGAUAUAACGCGUCGCUCGUUUCCGGUCCCAGAGGACCUCAAGUUCCCUAUCAAGCUCAACAUCGUCAUGCACGUUGUUGGCUCUCGUGGGGAUGUCCAGCCUUUCAUUGUCCUCGGAAAAGCGUUACAGCAGCAUGGCCAUCGUGUCCGUCUAGCGACGCAUCUAAUCUUCCGGGACUGGGUCAAGCAACAUGGCCUGGAGUUCUUCAAUAUUGGAGGAGACCCGGCCGAGCUGAUGUCCUUCAUGGUGAACAACCCAAAGUUGAUCCCGAAGAUGGACACCCUGCUCCACGGUGCUAUAGGCCGUCGCCGCCAGGAGAUCCGGAAGAUUAUAGGAGGAUGUUGGCGAUCGUGUAUUGAAGCCGGCGAGGGCCUUGACCUCCUAUGUGAUGCCCCUUUGACUGCACCGCCGUUCGUCGCAGAUGUGAUCAUCGCAAAUCCGCCGAGCUUCGCUCAUAUACACUGCGCUGAGAAACUGGGGAUACCGCUGCAUUUGAUGUUCACAAUGCCCUGGUCCCCGACGCAAGCAUUUCCGCAUCCGCUGGCGAACGUCCAUAGCUUCACGACCAAGCCCUCUAUAGCCAAGGUCGCUUCGUAUGCUGUCACCGAGAUGGUUAUCUGGCAAGGACUGGGCGACCUGCAGAAUGACUUCCGUCGGUUUGAACUGGGACUCGAGCCGCUGGACGCCGUGCGAGCACCAAGCUUGGUUCAUCGUCUACGGAUUCCAUUCACUUACAUGUGGUCGCCGGCAUUAUUACCCAAGCCCGAUGACUGGCAGGCUCAUAUCGAUGUUACUGGCUUCGACUUCCUCCCUGCAGACAACGACUACGAGCCUUCCCUAGACCUUCUGGAAUUCCUAGAGUCAGGCCCUCCCCCGAUAUACAUCGGAUUCGGGUCAAUCGUGGUGGAUGACCCUGACGGACUGACACAAACCAUACUGGACGCUGUUCUAUCCACAGGCCAACGCGCAUUGAUAUCUAAAGGCUGGGGCGGGUUGGGAGCGGAGUCGCUCCAGCAUAAAGACAUCUUUUUCCUGGGCAACUGUCCUCAUGACUGGUUGUUUCAGCGUGUCUCUUGCGUGAUACACCAUGGUGGCGCCGGGACUACUGCAAUGGGGCUGGCGAUGGGCAGACCGACUGCAGUUGUCCCGUUCUUCGGUGACCAGCCCUUCUGGGGUGCACUGGUCGCUGCGAACCAGGCAGGCCCGUGGCCGAUACCAUUCAGAGAACUGACACCAGAGCGCCUGGCGGAUGCAAUUUACAAGUGUCUGACACCUGCAACCAUCGCCAAAGCACAGGAGCUGAGCGAAAGGAUACGUUCAGAGGAUGGGGCAGAGCAAGGGGUUGCAAGCUUCCACCGGCAGCUGAAGAUGGAUCGUAUGCGAUGUUCACUGUGUCCGUAUCGAAAGGCAGUUUGGCGUGUCCGGAAAACAAACAUACUUCUCAGCCCGCUUGCAGCAUCAGUGUUGGUUCGAGGAGGCCAUCUUGAUCCUCAUGAUGUGAAACUCUACCGCUCCAAAUCCUACGAUACGAAUACGGAUCCCAGAGGACCUUUCUAUGCAAGCGCCCAGGGAGUUGCAGGGGCAAUGGGGAAUUUCGUGACAGGGAUUGUGAAUAUCCCAAUGCAUGCCGUACAGGGAAUAUCCCAGACGAAGCGCUCUCGAUUUGCAGAUGGCUUUGGGCUCCCGACCUGCCAGGAACGAAUGGCUGGAAUGCAAGCAUGUGAAAUGCCCAUCGUGGGGGAUCAAGGGUGGUCGGGUCUGGAUGAACAGAGGGACAGCGUCAGUAGCCUGCUAUCCAAGGAGACUGCAAGCACGACCUCCAGCAGCUCGAGUCAGGAUGCUCCCACCAUGGCUAAGCGCAGUACCCUCUCCUCUGUGCUCUCCAACAGCAGCUACACUGGACGGCGGGUUGUGAACUGGAUCAUCGAGAUACCGGUGGGCUUGACUCUGCUGCUGUCUCAGGGAUUCCACGAUGCUCCUCGGUGGUACCAUGAUCGCACAGUCAAGGACAAACCGGAUGCGCACGACAUUCAAUCAGGGCUCAAGGCAGCGGGAACGGUAUGUAUUGGCCUGCACAAGACAGUGGAGACACUGAUUCUGAUACGGUGA